AUGGGUACCAAAGUGAAUGAACUCAUUGGUGACCAACCCAUAGUGAGACGCACCGCUAAUUAUUGUCCAACCAUUUGGAAAUAUGAAUACAUACAGUCGCUUAACAGCAAAUAUGUGGGAGAAGACUACGAGAUGAAGGCAGCAAAACUGAAAGAAGUGGUGAAAAUAAUGAUACUAGAAAAGAUGGAGAUGCCAUUCCAGAAAUUGGAGCUCAUUGACACUGUCAAGAGACUUGGAGUGUCUUAUCACUUUGAGAAAGAGAUAGAGGCUUGUUUGGAUGCAAUAUACAAUGAAAAAGAUUGGUUGAGUGAAGAACUUGAUUUAAAUGAAGCAUCUCUCAGUUUCCGGCUCUUCAGACAACAUGGUUAUAAUGUUUCGCCAGGUGUUUUCAACAUAUUUAAAGACAAUUAUGGUAAUUUCAAAGAGUCCUUGUGUGAUGAUACCAAGGGAUUGUUAUCAUUGUACGAGGCCUCAUUUCUUGGUUUUGAGGAAGAGAGUAUAUUUGAUGAGGUUGAAAAUUUUGCUACGAAACAUUUGAAAGAAAAUCUAAAUAAAAUAAAGAAUCCAUAUCUGGCUAUGCUGGUGAAUCACGCUCUUGAGCUUCCCCUACAUUGGGCAAUGGAAAGAUUCGAGGCGAGGUGGUUCAUUGAUGCUUAUGAAAACCGAAAAGAUGUCAAUAAAGCCCUCCUCAAUUUUGCUAAGUUGGAUUUCAAUAUGGUGCAAGCUAUACACCAAGAAGACCUCAAACAUGCAUCAAGAUGGUGGGAGAACUUCGGAUGGAGCAAGAAAUUGCCGUUCGUAAGGGAUAGGUUGGUUGAAUGUUACCUAUGGUCCUUAGGAGAGGUGUAUGAUCCAAGACCCGAGUUCCAAUACUAUAGAAGGAUGUCCACAAGAGUUUACCAAGUCACCACAUGCAUUGAUGAUAUUUAUGAUGUCUAUGGCACUUUGGAAGAACUAGAGCUUCUAACUGAUGCAUAUCUUGGGUGGAACGUCAAUCUUGCAGUAACAUUGCCAGACUACAUGAAGUUAUGUUUUCUAGGCAAUAUCAAUUUGGUCAACGAAUUAGGAUACGAAGUUCUUAAGGAGUUUGGAAUCCAUGCCCUCCCUUGCCUAAUAAAAGCGUGGACAGAUUUAUGUGGGUGCUACAUAAAAGAAGUCAGGUGGUUCCAUGGGGGGUAUGUGCCUUCUCUUGAGGAGUACUUGAACAAUGGAUGGAUGUCUGCUGCAACAGCUGUAAUGGCCAUUCAUGGGUAUUUCUUCAGUGCUUGUCCUUCUUAUCCUAUCACUGAAGAGGGAUUGAAAGCAGUUAAAACCUACGAUGAUAUCAUCAAAUGGCCUUCCAUGAUCGUUCGUCUACUCAAUGAUUUGAGAACUUCAAAGGAUGAAUUGAAACGAGGUGAUAUACUCAAAUCAGUGCAAAUUCAUAUGAAUGAAACUAGUGACUCAGAAGAAGAAGCUCAACAACAUAUUAUGAAACUCGUUAGAGAGGCAUGGAAGAAGCUAAAUACAGCUCGUGCAAGGUCAGAUAUCCCUUUUAGUAGGAAGUAUGUGGAUAUAGCAACAAAUAUUGCGAGAGCAGGUCAUUACAUGUAUCAAUAUGGAGAUGCACAUGGGCAUAAUACUAAAGGGAAAAACAAGGAUCGUGUCACCUUGCUCCUCAUUGAGCCAAUUCAACUUUCCUUUGAAUGA